AUGGCGAGCCCGGUGGGGGAGGACAACUGGGUCGACUUUGUCGACCACCAGUCUCGCGAAGCGACCGAUUUCGAGAAGCGCGUGAAUGUCGUCGAGAGCUUCCGUCGCGCGGUCUCGGCCGAGCCCGGCAGCAUCAAGGUCUGGAUGGCAUAUUGCGAAUACUUUUGGUCGCUGCACAUAGACUGCCAGGCCAAUAGCGAUGCAGGCUGGCCGCUCGAGGAGCAGCUGGUCGGCCAGGACACGUUCACCAUCAACGCCGCGCUCAACCUUUGGCAGGAGGGCUACGAGGCCGUACAGUAUCGCAUCGGCGACAGCCACGAGCUAUGGGACCGCUGGGCCUCACUCGAGCUGAGCCUACUCCGCCAGCACCACACCGAAGCCGCCAUCCGCAGAGUCUCGCAAAUCUUCAAAACCCGCCUCGCGACGCCGCAUGCGACAUGGGACACGACGUCGCAAAUGUUUUCGAGCUUCCUUACCGAGUAUAAGAAACCGGCAUACGAGUUCGAGAUGCAACAGGUCACCAAGGACUCGAGGGACGCGAAGCGCCUGUAUGAGCUGCGCGACCCAUUCGAGAUGCGCCUGCAGUCUGCCGCCAAGUCGGGGGACGCUGAGCCCUCCAGAAACAUUCUCAUUGAAUAUCUGGACUGGGAAAUCAGGCAGACCAAAGCGAGAAAGGACGCACUCACCAACUUUCGCAUUUGUCUCGGUCUGUUCUCGCGCGCCCUGACGGGCAUUUUGGUAUCCCACGAAGCCACCUGGCAGAACUACAUCGUUUUCACCUCCACCUCGCACUCAGACGUCAAGUCCGGAAGAUCCAAGAUCCCUUUGAGUGUGCUGCCCAACACCCUUGAUGUCCUUCAGGGCGCCGUGCGUCACCUUCCUUGGUCCGGGCCCACCUGGGCGCGCUACAUUCUGGCCGCCGAGGAAUCGGGCCUGCCAUUCGCCGACAUAGAACGGAUCAAGCACGCCGCGACGAACAGCGCCCAACUCGACCGAGACGGCAUGACUGGCGUCUUAGACAUGUACUCGGCCUGGUGCGGCUAUCUAAAGCGCACUGCUAUGGACCCGAACGCGACUGAGGAGGCGACCGAUCUCGCCGAGGUGGGCCUGCCGUCAGCACUCGAAGACGUCAAGCAUUGGGGGAAGAGAAGAUACGGCGACGCAUACCAAGGCGACCCCAAUUUCCGACUGGAGAAGAUCCUCAUCCAGUUCUUGACCGAGAAGAAGGACGAUGUCAGCGGCGCCCGCGCCGUUUGGGAGCAGCUGUCGACGAUAGAGCUCCACGCUAAGAGCUACGACUUUUGGCUUUCCUGGUUUCUUUGGGAGAUGGUGGUCUUUGCUGCUGCCAAGAGCAAGAUGAGGAGCCCUACGCCCACAACAAAUUCCCAGGGCUUGAGAAUACCAUCGUACGCCACUCGCGUGUUCGAGAAGGCGCUGAAGGUUUCCUCUCUCGACUGGCCGGAGCGCAUCAUGGACGUCUACUUACAACACUGCAAUGACUACGAGUUGGCGGAGACGUUGCGUGAGGCGCAGGACACAAUCUACAAAAACAGGAAGAGAAUUGCCAAGCGCCGGGAGAGAGAGGCGGCCCAGCAGGCUGAGGAAGCGCGGGCCGCGUUCGAAGCUCAGGCUCUGACGGAGGCCGCCUCCCACGACCAGAAUAUGGAGGAUUCACCCGAGGCCGACACAUCGUCUGGACCCAAGCGCAAGCGAGAGCCUACCCCUGUUGACGACGAUGCCGGAAACAAACGGCUCAAGAACAGUAUUCUGUACGGCGAGGGAGACGAAGUGAAGCGAGAUCGGGAGAACACAUCGGUCUUCAUGGCCAACCUACCCUCCGACGUCACUGUGACGAAGGUCAAGCAGUUCUUUCGCGGAUACGGCCACGUCAACAAUAUUGACCUCCAGAAACAAGAAGGGGCGCCGCCAGUUGCUCUUAUUGAGUUUCGUUCGCCAGACGAUGCCCAGUCAGCAAUGCUACGGGACGGCAAGUACUUCGGCAGUCAGGUUGUGCAAGUGACGCCUGCCACCGACUGCACUCUCUAUGUCACCAAUUACCCUCCCGAGGCCGACGAGCAGUUCAUCCGCGAUCUCUUCAAAGACUGUGGAGCCAUCCAUAGCAUCCGCUUCCCCAGUCUGAAGUACAAUGCCAGGCGUCGGUUCUGUUAUCUGACCUUCCGCGACCGCGGUGCUGCAGCACUGGCAACCAAGCUCGAUAGAAAGUCGCUCGAAGGCGGCAAGUACAAACUGCUGGCCAAGCUCUCGGACCCAGCUGCAAAGCAGCAGCGAAAUGGGGCCCAAAUUGAAGAGCGCGAACUCCACGUGUUGAACCUGCCGCGCUCCACCACCGAGGAUGAGCUCCACGGCCUCUUUUCCAAAGCUGGUACGGUUGUUAGUGUUCGACUGCUCAGGAACAGGGUCGGUGUGAGUCAAGGAGCCGCGUUUAUCGUCAUGUCGACAAAGGAGGAAGCCCAAGAAGCCAUCAAGCUCUUGGACCAACUUCUUUUUGGGCAUCGCGCCAUCAAAGUCGAGCUUUCGAAGCCGGUCUCGCAGAAAACCUCCAUCACCAUACGCCACGGCAGCGAGGGGUCGCCCGAAGCAGGCUCGCCUGCUGAUCCUGCUGCACGCUCGCAGUCCCCAGGAGCCACGUCUGGCGGGCCCACGCCAGCCGACAUCGCUGCCCGCACCAUUGCCGUGCUCAACAUUCCCGAUACUAUGAACCCUGCCCGAGUCCAGUCCAUGCUGGCACCCACCGGGACCAUCGCGAAGCUGACUCUACACGCGAAAUAUGGGGGAGUGAUUGUUGAGUACGUCGACGCCCAGACAGCACGCAAGGCGGGACUUGCAAUUGAAGGUAUGGUAGUCGACGGUGGUAAGAAGCUACACGUCGAUACCGUCGCAGAGCUAUUCCGCCAGAAGGGCGAGGUGCGCGUCGACCGCAUCGACCAAGAGCCGCCCAAGAAGACGAAGAGUGCGGCCGAACUCAUGCCGCCGCCGGCUAUCCGACGGCCGCCUGUGCUAGGCCGCGGCGGAGCGAGGCGUGGGCUGGGCUUUGUUUCACUGGCCAAGAAGGAGCCCAACGGAAGCGCUACCACUAAUGGCGGAUCCAGCGGUAGCGGUACGGCUCCCACGGGCCAGGCCUCAAAGUCCAAUGCCGAUUUCAAGAAGAUGUUUCUCGGUUGA